AUGGUGGUCAACCAUUUGAUCACGCAGGAGAACACCAAGGAUCUCCUCCAGCUUGAUUUGCCAUUGAUAGACCUCUCAUGGAACAGAGACAGAGUGAGCAAACUCAUUGUGAGAGCUUUUGAGGAAUUCGGUUUCUUCAAGCUCAUCAAUCAUGGAGUCUCUGAGGAUAUUAUUCAGAAUGUUGAGAGAGAAAGUGAGGGGUUCUUUUCAUUACCUGCUUCAGAGAAGCAGAAAGCUGGACCUCCCAAUCCUAUUGGUUACGGAAGCAAGAAGAUUGGGUUUAAUGGAGAUACAGGGGAGCUUGAGUACCUUCUCUUCCACACAAAUCCUUCUUCUAUCUACCAGAGAAUUCGAACUAUUAACAGGAAUGAUCCCAGAAACUUCAG